GAGUAACUCGGCGAACUACGGGGAAUAGGGUGUGGAGGUCUUAUGGAGUCAAAAGUGACGCUGCCAGCAGUCUGAGGGCUCUGCUUGCUUAAAACUAGUUCAUUUUUAGGUUUCAACCACGUCAAGGAGACCAUGCAGGUGACCACUUGACUCGCACAGAAAGCAUUUUCGUCUGCUGCCAUGAACUCCAUCAGAAGUCUGUCUUCUCUGGCCAUCUGUUUCUGUAUAUUUAUGUCAGCUUGUCCUCUGGGUUCAACAACCUUUGCUAGUACCAGCCUGUGGGGCAAGAAGCUGGUGUUUCAAUUCCAACCAUGUUUGUGGCAGUUACACUCGGGGGUUUCGGUACCAGCCCUCCGGGAGCUGAGUGUGUGCAUGAGUUUACGUCGCACCGUUUCAGCAGACUGGACAGGUUUUGAAUACAAAGCUCCAGGAAACAGAGAGACGCAGCUGGGAUUUGGAGGCAAAAAUGGAAAACUAUUCGUAAAGUUGUUCGGAGAGGAGUGGCAAUUUCAAAAUAAUCUUACAGUGAAUGAGUGGCACUCUGUCUGUCUUACCUGGUCGGGGCAAGCUCAGCGACUAAGAAUCUCCAUCAACAGUACCUUUCUGAUUGAAAUAUCUCUAACAACAAGCCAGCAAUUGUCCAAAAACGGCACUCUCACUCUUGGGGUGUCUCAUUAUGUAAACGCAAAUGGUGAAAUCCAACCGGAGACUGGCACUAACUUGGUAGGUGAGAUUGGUCUGUUUAGGAUGUGGGCCAGAGAAUGGAGCCUUGGAGAACUGAAAAACCUGAACUGUACAGAUGGGGAUUUGGUGAGCUGGGACCUAAAGCAGUGGACCUAUGACUGCCCUCCUGAGCCCAACAUCAACCUACACUGUGCAUGGUCAUUCUACACAGUCAAAAUGGAGACAUGCAUAUUUAACACUUUAAACCUGGGGAAUCUUUUGUUGUCACCGGAGGAAAUCUCUAAAAUCUGGUUGGAGAGAAUUUUACCCCAAAACAUAUCUAUCCAUAGCAUCUUAGUGUCAUCCCCAUGCAGUAGCUGCCCCAUAGUUAAUGAUUCUGCUACUCUAGACAAAGACCAAACUCAGGAAUUGGAACUGUUAUCAAACACAAUCUGUGACAACUGUUUCAACUGUGAAGUGCACAUAAAUGUGAAUCCUCCUACUGAUGUUGAAGUGGUGCAGGCAGAGAUUACAGCAUUGCUUAGUUUGCGCUCCCCUUUAAACUUCCUCAAUCUGUCAGUUCAGGCCAACGACAUCGUUGUACUUCCUGUAGAGCAAUUCUCCACGGCGACAGAACCUGCACCAACUGUCAGCUCCGGUAUCGAUACACCAACGACAGCGCCAACUCUCAGUCCAUCAGUUCAUCCAGCAAAUACGUCAACGACCAGAGAGUCUUUGCAUGUCAAUGACACUGUUGAACCAGAUCAAUUCUUUAGAGUUGAUUUGGUCUUAAAUAUGACUGGCAGCCCUUUGGAUCCAAAAGAUAUCAUUGAGAAAUGGGUGAAAAAGCAGCUAGAAGUGAAUAACACGAUGAGUGUACUGAAUCUUGACAUAAAAGAGAAUGCUGUCAGAAACAUGGAGCAUUAUUCCAAUUUAAUGAUUUCUCAGGACCAACCAAAACAAUAUUACUGUGCCUUCCAUGUUCAGGAAUGCAACAAAAACACUGUGGCAGAAAUUGAAAUCCGAAUUCAAGCUGCCUUGGCGUCAAAGUAUCAAAAUCACUCCAUUAUUAUCCAAACUGUGGAAUUGAUGAUCAGACAUAUAGUGCCAAAAAACUGUUCAGAAGACACUAGCUUCACAAUCUAUGGAAAAUACAUAUGGCCUGAAACAUUUCCACAAAGAAUCCAAGUAAUGGGAUGCAUCUCGCCAACAUCUGAGAGAGCCUUCAGACUCUGUAAGUUAGACAUUGAAACUGACACGACCAGAUGGGCUGAUCCUAACAUGAAGAACUGCCACCAACAUCUAUCAAUAUCGGACCUUAACAAUAUCACUGUCACUCCUGGUAAUGCGGCUGAGGUUGUGGUGGUGAUUCAGGACCUUGUAGUUAUUCAGUUAGGCAAUAGCUCAGAGCUCUCGCCUUCUCACCUGGAAUCUGUGGUGGAAAAGCUCAGUGAAGUGGUCGAUGAAAGCAUCGUUAACUCUGCGGUUGGAGCCAACAUCGUCACUAUUGUUUCUGAUAUUCUGCUUUCCAACACUGAUGUUACUCCGGUUUCAAACACUUUCCUCAAUCUGACAGACAGGAUGGCGGAUAAUAUGAUAUUCCAAGGUGAAUCUGCUAAUUUAACAGCUCCCCCACUGGGGUUUUCCAUGAUCAAUGUGGCUCCAGAGGAAUUCAGUGGUCUCACCUUUGGUGCGUCAAUUGUUUCACCAACUAAGAACCCUGAGAUGUUUGUCGACCAGGGCUUUGUGAAUAAACCCCAUCCCACAGCAAAUGCAACAAUCUCUUUGCCUUCUGCACUCAAUGAAUUUUUCUCUACUGGAGAGAGAAAUACAACUCGUGUUCAGUUUCAGUUUUAUGGAACACACGAGCUUUUUCAGGACCUGGACAUAAACAAUGCGCAGAGCAACUGGACGUUGAACUCAUACGUAGUAUCUGCCAGCAUCAAUGACAGCAAAAUCAUGAACCUGGAAGAUCGAGUAGUGGUGACCUUCAGUCAUCAAAUUCCUAAAAAGCCACUGGACAAAGUACAAUGCAUGUUUUGGGAUUUUCAUAAGAAUGGUGGGCGGGGUGGUUGGAACAGCAGCGGCUGUGAAACCAAGAGUAUUUCUCCAUAUCAGACCAGCUGUCUCUGUGAUCACCUCACACAUUUUGCUGUGCUCCUGAAUGUAGAAAGAACUCCUUUCAGUAAGGUUAAUGAACAGAUUCUGACAGUGAUAUCAUAUAUUGGAUGUGGUAUAUCCUCCAUCUUUCUCGGCCUCACUCUACUCACCUACCUUAUUUUUGAGAAGCUGCGACAAGAUUACCCAUCUAAGAUACUCAUCAACCUGUCAGCUGCACUGCAGGGGCUGAGCAUGCUCUUCCUUCUAAACGCUUGGCUCUCAUCUUUCUCCAGUUAUGGUCUUUGUAUUGCCACUGCUGCAACGCUCCACUAUUUCAUGUUGGCCUCAUUCACGUGGAUGGGCCUGGAAGCUGUGCACAUGUAUCUCGCAUUGGUCAAAGUCUUUAACACAUAUAUUCCCUCUUAUAUCCUCAAGUUCUGCAUUACAGGAUGGGGUAUUCCUGCAGUAAUAGUGAGCCUGGUGCUGGUCAUAGAUAAAGAUGCCUACGGCAGUCUUGCUGAUGCAGAAAAUGAAAUAGUCCUUGAUUCCACUGAAACAUUCUGUUGGAUACAGAAUGACGUUGUCUUCUUUGUGACAGUGGUGGCAUUUAUUGGUCUGACCCUGUUGUGCAACAUGUCCGUCUUCAUCAUGGUUCUGAUCCAAAUUAAACAGAUUGGGGCCAAUAAGCUGUCCGCAAACAGCCAUGGCUCUGUGCUGGACUUGAAGGCGGUCGCCAGUCUCACAGUUCUGUUAGGCCUCACGUGGUCAAUUGGCUUUUUUUCAUUUGGGCCUGCCAGAGUAGUCCUGGUGUACCUGUUUGUUUUCCUCAACAGUUUGCAGGGCUUCUUUGUGUUUUUGUUCCACUGCCUGAUGAAGGAAAAUGUGAGGAAACAGUGGAGAAUCCACCUGUGCUGUGGACGUUUUAGACUCAGUGAAUACUCAGACUGGAGCCGCUCUGUGACAGUCGGUGACCGAUCCAAAAAGAAGAAUCUCGUUAACUCGGAUUCGGUCGCUUCUGGCAGCUCUCAAUAAGUUUCUGACUCCUCAGCAGCAGCAGCAGCAGUAACUCGCCACUAGGGGGCAUGAAUGGGCAUCUGGAUGAAGUCUUCAAAGUUUUCACAGUUCCGUUGUUGAAUUACAAACAGAAACAGAAAGGUUCAAAGACAAACUCCCCGGUGCAACUAAUGUGCAGGGAAAGCUGAAAUAUAGCUCAACUUCACGGAUAAAAUGGGUCCAAAGCCAUCACUUAAAUUCAGUCAUGAAAAUUAAGCACUGCUUUGAGGCUCUGAAAAUAAAAAUGCACACUUUUGAAAAGUGCGCAUCCAUUACGAAAUCAGUAAAGUGUAAAAGGCGUACAAUUCAUUUUAAAGGUUAAAAUGAUUCAUUUUCACAUCCUUGCAUUGUAGUGCUGUUUAAGAAAUGUUUCUUUGUAACAAAGCAAAAUAUAAGGUUUUUAGUAAAUGUAAUGUUCCGCACACUAGAUUAUUAUUAUUAUGUCAUGCAAAUAUUGGAGAGUAAUAGUCGUUUUUAAGGUACGAUUAAUUUCAAUAGGAUUAUAAUGUAUUAGGGAUUUAGCUGACUUCUUAGAGUAUAUUUUCUGACAUCCUAUAAAGGAUUUGUCACGGCUUACCACUUUAUACUGACAGUUUAGCUCUCGGAUCGUUCAGUCGGUGCACCUUUGAGUAACAAUGUUUUGUGUCUGCAUGCAUGACGAGAUUUAACCUAUGACCUGAUUUUUUCUCUAAGUAAAAUUAAAUAAAACUGA